AUGGGAGCAUCUGUUGAUGAAGAAGGUGAGUGGUCUAUUGUCGGUGGGACAGGUGAAUUCGCGAUGGCACGUGGUGUUGUAACCAAAAAGCUGCAUCAGAAAAUAGAUGAUGGAGACAUAAUCGAGCUUACCAUUCAUGGUUUUUGCCGCAAGCAGAUCACCCUCACAAAGAGUAGCCCAUGGGGUGGCAAUGGGGGUUCCGUUGUUGAUUCAGACAACCCCUUGAAGAUAGAAAGUAUCACCAUCCUACAUGAAGGAGUAAUUGGUUCAAUUCAAUAUUCUUACAUCAACCAAAAUGGCAAGAGGUGCACCGCAGGUCCUUGGGGUAGUGAGAAUCCAAGGCGCGCAGAGAUCGUGCUGGGCCCUGGGGAGAUUAUUACGCAAGUGUCCGGAACAGUUACCGUACAUAGUAAUGUCCAAUGUGUCCAAACACUCAAGUUUGUCACCAACAAGCAGAAAACAUACGGACCUUAUGGAAAUAGUGCAAACAAAAAACUUGGUACCCCUUUCAGCGUCAUGGCGCCAAAUGGCAAAGCAAUUGUUGGCUUCUUUGGGCGUACUGAUAAAACGUUCCUGAAUGCACUUGGUGUUUACAUCACCUAG